AUGUACAUCAAGACGCUCACAAUCCAGGGCUUCAAGUCCUAUCGAGACCAGACCGCCGUGGAGCCCUUCUCGCCACACCACAAUGUCGUUGUCGGUCGAAAUGGUUCGGGCAAGUCCAACUUCUUCUCGGCCAUCCGAUUUGUCCUUUCCGAUGCCUACACUUCCAUGUCUCGAGAGGAGAGGCAGUCGCUACUUCACGACAGCUCAAGCUCCACCUCGGCCACCCUCUCAGCUUUCGUAGAGAUCGUCUUUGAUAACAGCGACAACCGCUUCCCCACCAACGGUACCGAGGUCAUCCUCCGCAGGACAAUCGGUCUCAAGAAGGAUGAAUACAGUAUCGACCGCAAGUCGGCGUCAAAAGCCGACGUAGCCAACCUGCUCGAGUCCGCCGGUUUCUCUCGCAGCAACCCAUACUAUAUCGUCCCUCAGGGCAGAAUCACCCACCUCACAAACGCCAAGGAUCAUGAGCGACUCGGCCUCCUCAAAGAGGUCGCGGGUACUCGUGUCUACGAACAACGAAGAGCCGAGUCCAUCAAGAUCAUGGAAGACACCAGUGCCAAGCGGACCAAGAUCGACGACCUCCUCGCCUACAUCGAGAACCGUCUCAGCGAGCUCGAUGACGAGAAGGAGGAGCUGCGCGAAUACUACGAAAAGGACCGCGAGCGCCGAUGCAUCGAGUACAGCCUUCACCAACGUGAGCUCACCGAAUGCGCCGAGCUGCUCGAAAAGCUCGAAGACGAGCGACGACGCGACGUCGACGCCUCCAACGAACGUAGGACCGAGUUCAACGAUCGCGAAAAGCUGCUCGCUCGCCUCGAGGCAGAGAUCGCAGCCACCAACCAAACGGUCGAGCAGCGCAAUCUCGAGCGGAAUCAGCUCGAGCAGGAAAGGCGAGAGGUUGCAAAGCAUCUGGCCCAGAUCGAGUCGCUCGUCGAAGAGCUCGAAGAGGUCGGAGAGAAGCGAGCCGAUCGACGAGGUGCGCUCGAAGCCGAAUUGACCCGCAUCCGUGCCGAGAUCCAGCAAAAGCAGGCGCAGCUCGAACAGCUGCGACCCAACCUCGAGGCUAUCCAGACCGAAGCCGAGCAGCUCCGUGCAAGACUCGAAGAGACCAAGGCUCGCGUUUCAGCGCUGUACUCCAAGCAGGGUCGCUCGGCUCAAUUCCGCACCCAACGCGAGCGUGACGAAUACCUGCGUUCUCAGAUCGGAGGCCUGGACCAGUUCAUCCAGUCACAGCAGACACGUAUCGAAGAGACUGGUCGUGAGCGUGCCAGUGUCUCGGAGCGAAGAAACGCCACGCUUCGCAGCAUGGAAGAGACCGAAGCCAGCCUCGAGAGCCGAAAGGACACCGUUCAGCAACUGGCUAUCGAGUACGCAGCCAAGCGAGACCGUCGAGACGAGCUCACAGAGACACGCAAGGACCUCUGGAAGGAGGAAGAGUCGCUUCGGUCCUCCCUCGCCUACGCAGGAAACGAGCUCUCGAAUGCACAGCGCAAGCUCGUCGGCAUGAUGGACAAGAACACCGUCCAGGGUUUGCUCGCCGUCGAAAAGAUCGCGGAUCAGCUCGGCCUGGAGGACAACGUAAAGGGACCUAUCUAUCAGCUCUUCACCGUCGAUGACAAAUACAAGACCGCAGUCGAGUCGGUCGCCGGUACCUCGCUCUUCCACGUCGUCGUCGACACGGACGACACGGCGGCCAAGCUGCUCGAAGUCAUGACUCGCGAGAAACGGGGCCGUGUCACUUUCAUGCCGCUCAAUCGCCUUCAUCCUAAGGAAAUCGACUUCCCAGCCACGCAGGAUGCCAUUCCCCUGAUCAAGAAGCUUCAGUUCGACAAGGCGUAUACACCUGCAUUCCAGCAGAUCUUUGGCCGCAGCAUUGUCUGCCAGAAUCUCGAGAUCGCCGCUGCUUACGUGCGCAGCCACGGAGUCAACGCUGUCACCCUCGAUGGUGACAAGGUCGAACGCAAGGGUGCGCUUUCCGGUGGUUACCAGGAUCCGAGGCGCAGUCGUCUCGACGCGGUCAUUGACGUGCGCAAGUGGAAGACGCAGAGCGAGCAGGACUCGGCCAAGCAGACAGAAGUGCAGCGCCGUAUCGCCGAGAUCGAGCAGGAGGUCACGGCGUUGAUGGGCGAGAUGUACACCUUGCAGCAUCGCCGGGACGAAGCCAGAAACUCGCGUGGGCCGCUCAUGGACCAGCUCCAGCGCGCACGUACCGAGGUCGAGGAUCUCGCGCAACGACUACAGAGUAUCGAGAGGCGUGAAGCCGACCAGAAGCUCGAGCUCAAGGCAACACAGACCCAGCGAGCGGGUCUCGAAGAGGAACUGCGCACGCCGAUGUCACAAGGCCUCACCCCGCAAGAAGCCGCACAGCUCGAUACGCUCCAUGCGCAGGAGGACCAGCAAAAGCGUGAAUGGGCCGACAAAUCCAACUCCCUCGCGGAGCUCUCCAAGCGCCGCUCCAUUCUCGAGAUCGAUCUCUUCGAGAACUUGCGUCGACGCCAAGAAGAGAUCGGAUCGCAGCUCGAGGCGCUUGGCGAGUCGCUCGGUGGUGACGACGCAGCUACCGCCUCCGGUGUCCAGGACGUGUCCGCGCGCAAGCGUGAGAUCGAGACGCUUCGCCGUCGCAUCGCCGACCGCGAGAAGCGCAUCAAGGCGAUCGAAAAGGAGCUCGAUCGUCUUCUGCAAUCGCAGCAAGACACGCAGGCCAAGCACGACAAGACCAAGGCCGACCAGGCCGAAGACGCGCGCAGCAUCGCACGCCAGCAGAAGAACGUCGAGCGAUACCUCUCGAAGCGUUCGCGUCUGCUGGACCAGCGCGACAGGUGCAACCAGCUCAUCCGCGAUCUCGGCGUGUUGCCCGAAGAGGCGUUCGAGAAGUACAUCAACACCAACGCAGACAAGUUGCUCAAGAAUCUGCACAAGGUCAACGAGAGUCUCAAGAAGUUCUCGCACGUCAACAAGAAGGCUGUUGAGCAGUACAACUCGUUCACCAAGCAGCGCGAUCAGCUGCUGGAGCGAAGGGGAGAGCUCGAGCAGAGCGCAGAGAGCAUUCAGGAGCUGAUCGACGUGUUGGAUCAGAGGAAGGACGAGGCGAUUGAGCGCACCUUCAAGCAGGUGAGCAAGUACUUUGAGGAGGUCUUCGAGAAGCUUGUACCUGCCGGAAGGGGAAGGUUGAUCAUGCAACGACGUGCCGACAUUGUUGGAGCGGGUGCAGCCGCAGCAGGCGAUGACUCGGAAGAGGAGGCUGGACCGGUCGAGAACUACACGGGUGUCUCGAUCAAGGUCUCGUUCAACUCGAAACACGAUGAAGGUCUUCGCAUCCAGCAGCUCUCUGGUGGUCAAAAGUCGCUGGUGGCCCUGGCGACCGUGUUUGCCAUCCAGAAGUGCGACCCCGCGCCCUUCUACCUUUUCGACGAGAUCGAUGCCAACCUCGACGCGCUCUACAGGACGGCGGUCGCCAACAUGAUCCGCGAGCUGGCGGAGAACGCGCAGUUCAUCACCACCACGUUCCGACCGGAGAUGGUGCAGGUGGCGAGGAAGCACUACGGUGUGCUCUUCGAUGCCAACAAGGUCAGCAGCAUUAGGAGCAUCACCAGGGACGAGGCGUACGAGUUUGUCGAGGCUGCUGCGACCACGGAGCCUGCGCGUUGA